CGCUGUAGGAAGGCUAGUGCCGAGUUUUCAAUCUUUUAUUUAUUUAAUUCUUAUGCAUAAUACUGAAUUGAUCACAUUGUGAUAAAUAUAUGAUAAAAUUGAGAACUAAUACUAAUUAGUGACUAAGUCGAAAUCCCAAUUUUAUUAAAUUUUCUCGAUAGAAAAAAAUUGCAAAGUGACCUCUAAGAUUGUACAAUAAACCGAUAGUAUUCAAUAAAUACUUCGAAUUAGAUCAUAAAACUUUUCAUAAUUAUUGAACUCAACAUUCUGUAGGUAGUGACUGUUUUAUUUUUUUUAAUUAUUCAUUAUUUACACUUUUAAACAAGAUUAUCUGAUAUAGCAGGCGUUGAAACCAUUCUUACUUGGACCGCCGCGCCUCCCGGCUCCCAAAUCAGUCUGGCUUCAGCCUUCGUACGAGAAACCUGUGUCGCUUUGCGCUCCGUGAUAGAAACUGAUCCGUGACUAAUAAAUUUACUAAGUAUAAUUUUAACGGUUGUAGUAAGCAACUUACUUUUGAAGAAUUGUAACAAAUGUAAAUUUAUAUUGAUUUCGUGCUUAGUAUUAAUAAUUCUUAAUGUUACUAUCCUUGCAAAUUGCUAAUGCGCAGGAACCUUGUCACAUUAAGAGCCACGUGACGUCACCAAGAAUAGAAAAGUACAGCUUGCAAAAAAGAAAUGCAUUUGUAAAUUUAAUAGGUGAAGUGUGAUAGAAACUGAUCCGUGACUAAUUACUAAGUAUAAUUUUGUGACUUCGCAAAAAUGGGAAAUAAAUGCAACAAGAAAAGGAAGAGCCUAAGUUGUAGAAAAAAAGCUGCUCAACAUAUGCUUAACGUAAUAAAAAGACGUAGAUUAGACGCUGAUGAAGAUAGUAAUGCUAAUAAAGAGAACAUACCGCUGCCGACGCUGCUGCAGCCCCCACCGCGGCCACCGCAGCCGCCCUCACUCCCGCCGCCGGCAAAACCAGGAACAUCCGAAGACGUGCCAAAUGUUAUUGAAUCUCUACAAAGUAACUAUGUAACAAUGCAGGAAGAAACAACAGAUGACUUGCCGUAUAUUUCAGAGGCUGAAUCGCAAAAAGAUACAAACUUACCAAUGCAGGGUCGGAGAAUUGUAGAUAUGAUGCACUUUAUACAGCAGCUUAAAAAAAUAUCCAGCCAUGGUUCUUUGUUUAACUGUAAUUUUAAUGAAAUGUCACUAAUCGGGGAAACCAGAAAUGGUUUGAUAUCUAAAUAUAAGUUUAGAUGUAACAUGUGUCAAAAAGACUUUCUUAUCACAUCCGAAGAUCCUGUUAGCGAAGAAAAUAUCGACGUAAAUUUGGCGGCGGUUACAGGAAUUACAUCUGCGGGUAUUGGCUAUUCACAGUUUCAAGAAAUAACAGCGUGUAUGAAUGUACCCAUUUUUUCAGAAAAAACUUAUUGUAAAUUUCAAGAUGUCAUUUAUGAAAAAUGGGAAACAACAGCUGUCGAAGCUAUGGAAGCGGCUGCUAUGCGUGAACGUGAUGCUGCGACAGCUGAAGGAAGAUUGACCAAAGACGGUGUUCCUAUGAUAGAUGUAUAUGCCGAUGGGUGUUGGUCUUCGCGGUCUUACGGCAAUAAUUAUAAAGCAUUGUCCGGUGCCGCAGCCAUCGUGGGUCGCAGAUUUGGUGAAGUAUUGUUUAUAGGUAUUAAAAAUAAAUACUGCCUCGUGUGUGCUCGUGCCGAAAAAAAACAAAUAACGAUACCAGAACACGCGUGCUAUAAAAAUUAUACAGAGUCAUCUAGCAGUAUGGAGGCUGAAAUAAUUUGCCAAGGAUUCGAAACAUCAAUAGCGAUGUAUAAUAUCGUCUAUAGCAGGAUUAUUGCAGACGGUGACUCUGCUACUUACUCAAAAAUCCUUGCACGUAAUCCUUACCCCUUUUUUACAGUACAAAAGAUAGAAUGCAGAAAUCAUCUAUUGCGCAAUAUGUGUAACAAACUGAGAGCUGUAACCAAAGAAACAAAAUAUCCUUUAGCACACAGGAAAACUUUAUCAGAAGUCAAGAUCAUGAGUAUGCGUAAAGUUGUGAUCGCAUCAAUACAAAAAUAUAAAUCGGAAAAAGAAAAACCAGAAACGUUAUCAAGUUUUAGAAAUGCAGUGCUAAACUCCAUAUACCAUGCGUUUGGUAACCAUGAUAAAUGCGAGGACUAUUACUGUUCGAAAGACAAAACGACACAAAGUAGCAUGGAAAUAGAAGACACCAUCUUCUGGUUUAGAAUUAAGAUGAUUAUUCAGACAAUUAUUUCAAAAUCCAGAAGUCUGCUUGAGGAUGUAGACACCAAUGUGGUAGAGCGCUUCAAUAGCGUAAUCGCAAAGAUUGUCGGAGGAAAAAGAAUUAAUUUCUCCCUUCGUCGAGGGUAUCGUGCGCGUUGUUCUGCUGCAGUCGUUUCGUUUAAUAAUCCUUAUCCACGACAUUCUCUUCAAAAGAAAAUUUUAGGGCAGAGUCCUAAAAGCAUAUUAAAAAAAAUCGAAGAACGACGAAUACAGAAAAGAAAAUUAAACAAAGGAAAACCUCACAAAAAGAACCGAACAUUAAAGAAAUGCCAUACAGUUCAACAUGAUUAUGGUGAUCAGAGCACUACUCCUGAUAUGGGACCAGACGAGCUAAUUAAAGCCAAAGAGUCAUUCCUUGAAAAUUUAAGGGAAUUAACUGCGGACAAAGAAAAAAUUCAAAAAAGUACUAUACAUCAGAGAGAUAGCAAUGACUGGCUUGAACUACGAAAAAAUAUGCUAACAGCAUCAAAUUUUGGAAUUGUGGUGAAAAGAAGAGAAAAUAGUAGCAAAGCCAAGUUAGUCGAAAAUAUUUUAUAUAAAACCAAUUUAAGUCAUGUAGCGGCAAUCGCACAUGGCGUAGAAAAUGAAGAACUAGCCUUGCAGCAACUCGCUAGUCAAGAAAAAGUCAUGAUUGAGCCCUGCGGAUUAUUUGUGGACCACGAGUACCCUUUUGUUGGCGCUUCACCAGAUGGCCUGAUAGGCCAAGAUACUACAGUAGAAGUUAAAUGUCCUAAAGUGGCUUAUAAGAACAGUCUGGAAAAAGUUAUAAGGGAAAACAAAAUACAGAUAUGGAGAUAUGACAAAAAAGAAGACAUAAUAAAAUUGAACAAAAACUGUAACUGGUUUUAUCAAGUUCAAGGGCAACUCCAUGUUACACGUAAAAAGAAAUGCUUGUUUGCUGUGUGGAGUGGUGAAAACAAGCCACUCAAAACAGAAAUAAUAAAUAAAGAUGACGUUUUCUGGGAGACGAAAAUGAAAGUAAAAAUAUUAACAUUUUAUAUGGACUGGCUAUUACCUGAAAUAGUUGACCCUCGUCGAGCUCGUGGAAUGCCACUUAGAGAAAAUGAAGAGUUAUUAGUCAGAACUGAUAAUGUGAAUCAACUCAGAGAUAACGAAGCAUCAACUAUUGAUGAUUGUUCAUCACAAAAUGAGGAGAGUGAAGAAACUGGACGAUGUCAAAUUAUCGGUUGUAGUAGGCAACUUACUUUUGAAGAAUUGUAACAAAUUUAAAUUUAUAUUGAUUUCGUGCUCAGUAUUCAUAAUUCUUAAUGUUAAUAUGUGAUUUUAUCAUAAACCUGCGACAUAUAUCUAUAUUAUAUAUGUAUAUAUGAUACAUAGAAAUUAAAUUAUUUUA